GACGCUGCCGACGAAUGGUGCGCACCUCUGCUCAUGAAGGUCUUCCCACAACCCUGCCAAGGCUUCAAGAGCGCAUAUUUCCUGGGCUUGGCGAAUCUUGCUGCGAUCGGCCUGAAUGCACUCUUGACGGUGGUCUGCAUUGCCCUCAUCAUCCAGUAUCUCGAAGGAACAUUCCACAAGGGCAUCUACCGCGUCUCUGCCGCCGUUGUACACGGCAUCUCGACGCUGAUCGUGUUGGGCUGCUUCCUUGCGUACAUCCUGGAGGCGGUUCGUCAGCUGGAUGCUGUAGGAGGCAACGGCAUUCCCAUUUUGGCACAGGCGAGCCGCGGGAGUGGUGUAAGCAUCGGGAUCUUCAUCAUGGGAGGCGGCCUCCUCUUCCAG